AGGCUCCCUGUGAGUAAACCGGAUGCUUCAGUACAAGAUGGCCCACAGGAGUAACACAGGACCUGUCCGAGGGCUGAAACUUGUGACUCUUCUAUUUGCCCUAAGUCCAGAACUGCUUCUCCCAGGAGCCGGAGUGAAGCUUCAAGGCAAUGGCUACGACGGAUUGCUUGUUGCGAUUAAUCCUCAGGUACCCGAGAAUCUGAGCCUGAUUGCAAACAUUAAGGAGAUGCUAACUGAAGCUUCCUUUUACCUGUUCAACGCUACCAAGAGAAGAGUGUUUUUCAGAACUAUCCAGAUUUUAAUUCCUGCCACUUGGACAGCUCGUAAUUAUAGCAAAGUCAAACAAGAAUCCUAUGAAAAGGCAAAUGUCAUAGUGACUGAGCAGAAUGGGGUACAUGGGGAUGAUCCAUAUACCCUACAGCACAGAGGGUGUGGAAAAGAGGGGAAAUACAUCCAUUUCACUCCGAACUUCCUACUAAAUGAUGAGCUAAUAGCAGGAUACGGCUCAAGAGGCAGAGUGUUUGUCCAUGAAUGGGCCCAUCUCCGCUGGGGAGUGUUUGAUGAAUAUAGCAAGGACAAGCCAUUCUACCUGAAUGGGCGAAAUGAAAUUCAAGUCACAAGGUGUUCAUCUGGCAUCACUGGGGUGUUUGUGUGUGAAAAGGGCCUUUGUCCCCAUGAAGACUGCAUCAUUAGCAAGCUCUUCAGAGAAGGAUGCACAUUCCUCUACAACAGCACCCAGAAUGCAACUGCAUCGAUAAUGUUCAUGCAGAGUUUGCCUUCUGUGGUUGAAUUCUGCAAUGCAAGUACCCACAACCACGAAGCCCCAAACCUGCAGAACCAAAAGUGCAGCCUCAGGAGCACUUGGGAUGUAAUCGCAGACUCCUCUGACUUUCACCACAGCCUCCCCAUGCACGGGGUUGAGCUUCCACCUCCUCCCACGUUCUCCCUCAUGCAAUCUGGGGACAAAGUCAUCUGCUUAGUGAUGGACGUGUCCAAGAAGAUGGCAGAGGCGGACAGACUCCUUCGACUGCAGCAAGCAGCUGAGUUGUACUUAAUGCAAGUUGUUGAAGUGCGCACGUUCGUGGGCAUUGUCACCUUUGGUAGCAAAGGAGAAAUCAGAGCCCAGCUGCAGCAAAUGAACAGUGACGAUGACCGGAGGCGGCUGGUUUCCUAUCUGCCCACCAGUGUGUCCACCAAAGAAGAAGCGAACACCUGUGCAGGUGUUAAAAGAGGCUUCGAGGUGCUUGAGAAGAGAAAUGGGAGAGCCGACGGCUCUGUCAUGAUAUUGGUGACCAGCGGAGCAGAUGAACACAUCAGCAACUGUCUGCCCAGCGCAGUGAGCAGCGGGGUCACCAUUCACUCCAUCGCCCUGGGUUCCUCUGCUGCCGGUAGACUGGAGGAAUUGUCACAUCUUACAGGAGGGUUAAAGUUCUUCAUUCCAGAUAAAUCUAAUCCCAACAGACUGACUGAUGCUUUCUGUAGAAUAUCUUCUGGAACGGGGGACAUUUUCCAGCAGAGUUUACAGCUUGAAAGUGUGUAUGAAACCGUGCCACCUCAGCAGCAACGGACGAACCCUGUGACUGUGGAUGGGGCCGUGGGCAAUGACACGGUUUUCCAAGUCACGUGGCAGAGCAGCGGGCCCCCUGAGAUGGCAGUACUGGAUCCCAGUGGAAGAAAGUACAACACUAGCGACUUUGUCAUCAACCUGGCCUUUCGGACAGCUAGCCUCCGGGUUCCAGGAACUGCCAAGCAUGGGCGCUGGACUUACACGCUGAACAACACACAUCCUUCUCCUCAAGCCCUGGAAGUGACAGUGGUCUCCCGUGCCUCCAGCCUGGCCAUAUACCCAGCCACUGUGGAAGCCUUCGUGGAAAGAGACAGCACCCAUUUUCCCCAGCCGGUGAUAAUUUAUGCGAACGUGAGGAAGGGUCUGUACCCCAUUCUCAAUGCCACUGUGGAGGCAACAGUGGAGCCGGAAGCUGGAGAUCCCGUUGUGCUGCAACUUCUGGAUAAUGGAGCAGGUGCUGAUGUUAUAAAAAAUGAUGGAAUUUACUCCAGGUAUUUCUUCUCCUUUCCUGUAAGUGGUAGAUAUAGCUUGACAGUGCGUGUCCGUCACUCUCCCAGCAUCAGCACUCUAGCCCACUCUGUUCCAGGAAGCCAUGCUAUGUAUGUACCAGGUUAUAUAGCAAACGAUAAUAUUCAAAUGAACGCUCCAAAACAACCAGGCCGCAGAGAUGUGGAGGAACAGUGGGGCUUCAGUAGAGUAAGCGCCGGAGGCUCCUUCUCGGUGCAGGGAGUUCCAGCUGGCCCCCAUCCUGACAUGUUUCCACCGUGCAAAAUUACCGACCUGGAAGCUGUGAAAGUGGAAGAGGAUGUGAUCCUCUCUUGGACGGCACCUGGAGAAGACUUUGACCAGGGCCAGGCUACAAGCUAUGAGAUCCGAAUGAGUAAAAGCCUAUGGAGAGUUCGCGAUGACUUUGACAAGGCCAUUCUAGUGAACACAUCGGAGCUUGACCCUCAGCAAGCUGGCACGAGAGAAACAUUUACGUUCUCGCCCAAGCUUGUCACUGAUGAACUUGAACCUGAAUCUGACGGAGAAAUACAGGAAAUCCACAUGGUGUAUGUGGCCAUGAGAACAGUGGACCACAACUCCCUGAAGUCAGCUGUGUCCAACAUUGCCCUGGUGUCGCUGUCUACUCCUCCCAGCUCUGUUCCUGCACUGAGCAGAGAUGAUCUGGUACUUAAAGGGGUUUUAAUAGCAGUAGGUUUGAUAGCAAUCAUCUGCCUUAUUAUGGUUGCAGCCCACUGGACUUUAAACAGGAAAAAGAGAGCUUUAAAGAAAGAGAAUGGAACAAAAUUGCUGUGAGCAAAUGGGCAUAGUUCCUUCCUCACUAGAUAUGAUGCCCGUGGCCUUUACGUUCAUAAAAAAAAAAUCCAACAAAGUCAAAUUAGCAUCUGCACUGUGUUGAAAUGCAUCUGGGCAUUUAUAUAAUACGGUUCAGUUUUUACAUAGCAGAUAGAUACCCCCUACCCCUUCCAAAAGAAACAACUUUUUUAAUACUCAUUUGGGGGGAAGGUUAGAAAACAGUAAGGCUCCAGUUAUGGACAAAUAAUUUUUAAAAAAAUAUUGUUCAUGGUAAUAUCUUGAAAGACAAGGUAAAGGCAAAAUCAAAUCUGACUCAAGAAAAGCUGUUUUAUUGACGUUGGGAGAAGAAAAUGUCUCAGAUGCAGGAAACAGGCAGUGUAAUUGUCUUUAAGAAGCAACCGUGGUACUUUGAUGAAUUUCUCAUCUCUGCUUAUCUGUACAGAGCAGGAUGCAUGUUUAUAGCUGGCAGCCAAGCUGCUGUAUAGACGGGGUCCUCACUGUGGGGCUCCUUUGGUUACAUACACGAUGGUUCACAAUCCACCAACACUUGGACAGAUCCUUUCUUACUGUGCGAGGAGAACCUGAGAAUGUGGUUAUUGUCCUUGCCCCUUGAUGAUCUGUGACAGAGACACCAGAGUUUAUGGUUUGUAAUAUUUUAGCCCCACUGAAGCAUCUUUCUAAGGUGUUGCCUUGGAAAUAAUUGAAUAAAAAUGCUUACAGCUCUCAUGAGGCUUUAAGAAUAAAGAAACAUUACUCUG